AUGGCGGGAGGAGUAGAUAAUGAAGUGUAUAAUGAAACAUUUCAAUCUCAAACUAGUGGUGGUGAUUAUGAUCAGUUUAUGUCAACUUAUGAGUUCAAUGAGCUGCAGACUCAAGAUCAAUACAAAAAGGAUCGAAGUAAGAACUUCUCUCCAGAAGAGAACCUUCUAUUGGUUUCUGCUUGGCUUAACACAAGUAUUUAUCCAAUUCAUGGAAUGGAUCAAAAUAAUAGUCAAUUUUGGAGCAAGGUAGGAGCAUAUUACAAGAAAGUCAUAGAAAAGACUAAGUAUGGGCAACAAACAGAUAAAUCUCUCACAAAUAGAUGGAGCACAAUCCAGCAAGUUGUAAACAAGUUUUGCGGCUAUUACACACAUCGAGAAGGAAGCCUCCGUAAAUCUGUUGAUACAAGCAUAGACAUGCUUGAGGAUGCCAAAAAGAUCUACCAUGAGAUUCAGAAAACUCCAUUUCGAUUAGAAAACUGCUGGAAUAAAUUGAGAUUUAAUGCUAAGUGGAUAGAAUAUAUGCGUCAAGGACCAACAAAAAGAAAAACAUCUUCAAGUGACACAACUAAUUUGAAUGAUCAAGAGAAUACUAGUACUGAUUUUAUUGAUUUGGAGAGGCCUAUGGGACAAAAGAAAGCAAAAAAGAAGUUAAGAGAGGGAAAGAUAAAUCAAGUAAUAUAUCUGAAUUUGAUGCUGCUAUUAUCAAAUGGACGGAGGAAAAAAUGA